AUGAAUCAGUUGUGCGAGGAUAAGUCGAUACGAAAUUACAUGCUCGACCUCAGCAUCGAUGAAGUCCAUCAUCAACUGGACAUUCUGCGAAACGAGGCGGAAACCUCUAGGCAACAAGCUGAAUCGAUCAGAAAUUUAAUGCAGCUGGAGAACGACUACUUUUUGAAGGAGUUCAGGGAAUCAGCAAAUUGCCAAAUUAGAGGGUUAUUCCGCUGCCAUCCGCAACUACGAUCCAUCCGCUCCCCAAAUCGC